AUGCCAAUAAUUAAAAAAGUUAGUCCUAGUCCUAAGCGAUUUACUUUUCCGCCUAAGGAAGAACUAGAAAGAGUUCGUAAAAGAAUUGCCCGCACUGAUAGAAGAACUAAUAUCGGUUUAGCUUCCAAUGCUACUCCGGUAGAAAAAGCUAAAUAUAAACUCUGCAAAAGCAUCCUUGGUUAUAAGCAAGAUAAUGACUUAACCACCAAAGAAGUAGCUAAGCAAUUGGGACUAACUAUUACGAAAACAGAAAAGAUUUUGUAUUCUCACAUCGAUGAACUUGAUUUAGAAGAAUUAGCAGAAUAUGCCAAUUAUUUACAUCUCUCUUGUCAGCUAAGAAUUAAUAUUCCCUAUGAAAUCAGCCCUUAUUACGAGAAGCACAACCGAGAAUAUUUGGAAGCUUUAAAGAGAAAGGAAAUUAAACUAACCUCUAAACAGUUAGCUGCGAAAUUAAUCACCGACGACUUAAUUAGAAAAUUAUUAAUUCCCCAGUUAGAUAGCGAAAAAGUAGAUCCAGAAGGCAGAUAUUACCAUUGA